AGGAGAUAGUAAAAAAUAACACACGGGCGUCACAAUGUGCCGCUGGGGAUGCCCGACUGUCGACACGACCUACAUGUGUAAAUGGUGUGGGACGCGGUAUUGCCGGGCCUGCCUUCGAGGGGAUUUCACAGGGGUCAUGCCGGAGCCCUCACGAUGUCGAAAGUGCAAUCAGAAAAAAUGCCAGGGUGAACGCGUGGAGUAUGUGGAGCCUAAACAUCCGGUAAGCACGGACAAGAAAGGACGAGGACUCUCGUCGAAAUCCUCAAGAUCGUCUAAAUCAGCCAAAUCAACAAAGUCUAAGAAAUCAGCCAAAAAGAAAUCGGGCAAGAAGCGAAAGAAAUGAAGCGAGACAGGAGGCAUGGAACGCUUGUCACGUGGCCAGCGCGGCAGAGCCAAUCAGAAUUUGAAUUCAAUUCGAUCCCAAGCUUUUAUCAUCUUUCACAUCCGAAAGCGAGCUUUCGCGAUUGCACCGAGGACGAAUUCUACAAGAUAGUCAACCUACCGAACUUGCUCGUCAAAUCCGAAUGAAUAGAUGAGAGGUCUUUGUCGAAAAACUGAUCGUCGUGAAAAUUCUUAGCUGACGAAAAAGUGCAAAUAUGUUGUUUGUCCACAGUCAGGGACGAAACUGCUGUCCCGAGUAACCGACCCUCGACAAAGACUCCAUUGACAUGAAAGACCUUUGACAAUAGAUUCUCUACGUUCCAGAAAGCAUCUACGAAGUGGUUCCGAAAACUUCCUAAUGACAAACGACAUCGCCGUGUUGGGACGUGAACCCUGUGGGUGUGUUGGUGUCUUUUACCCACCACGGCAACAGUCUACAUUCGUCACUCUCAACCCACACUGUAAAAACUGUGGUGUUAAAACUGACACCAGUUGGUGUUAAUAGAGGACCACACCCAGUGCUAAAAC